CUCGCGUGGAUGAUUGGAUCUGUUUGGUAGAGUGGAACCGAUCGAGCAUCUGGUGGGCGUUUUCGGUUCGGUCAACGUCCCCUUCCCCCUCCGCCCCGGGGCUGAUCUCCUCGCCCCGAUCGAUCUCCCAUUGAAGGGGGAGAGCUUUGGAUCUUGAGAUCGGAGGAGAGAGAUCGAUCGAUCGAUCGAUUGCUCGCUCCCUUUGAUCUGAGCAAGUAUUGUUGAUGAUCGGAUCUUCUUGGUAUUGCGAGAGAGAGAGAGAGAGUAUUGAGAGAGAGAGAGAGAAAGAGAUGAUAACGAGAUCGAAUAUGGCGGAGCAGCUGCGGGAGUACCAGAUCCGGUCUGACCACGACUGGGCCACCGUCUCCUUCUUCACCUCCACCCCCAAUUCCUCCUCCAGGGUCGAUGUGCUGUUUGUGAUACUGGAGCUGUUGAUGUUUGCUCUCCUCGUUUUCUCAGGAGUCUCGUUGUAUUUCAGGUACAUGAGGCUUGCCUUUUUGUUUAUCUGUGCUACCACACUCAUUUUUGUGUGCACAAAAAUAACAAAACAAGUGAGACAAGACCGGAAAAUUAAGAGAAGAAUGCUCCUCCCACUAUCAAUGUAAAACUACAGGCAAUAGUUUUCUGGAAUUGACUAUUAUAUUCCUACUGUUGAUUUGAAAAUUUCCCAUUUAUAGUUUCGUUUUUUUUUUUUUUUCAUUUUUUCUUUUUCUCAUUUGUCAUUUUGAUUGAAACCUGUGAUUGGAACCCAAAUUUGAUAUAUGUUAUCUUUGAGGAUGAUGAUUGUACUAGACAUAGAAUACUAUUGCCAAAAGACUUAAAAAGAGUGGAAUUAAAUAGGUAUAUAUCUCUUUCAAAUGUGCGCCUUGAAUAAAGAAUAUCCAAUUGCUAA